AACCGGGCGGACUUCUGUUACUCUUUGUGCAGAUUUUUGUGUAUUUCUUUGUAAUUGAAGUACUUGUUUGUUUUUAUUUGAGCUAUAUUGCUUUUUUUUACUUUUUUUUAUGGCUCAUAACCUAUCAUCACAAUAUUUUGUGAAUCCGGGUCCAGCACCAGCUCCACCUCUGAAAAUUCCGUCAUAUUCGUCAUCAAAUAUCUAUGCAGGACGUUGUUUUGAUGUUUCUCAGACAUAUAAGGAUUCAAAGGGGAUUUUGAAAGCAGGAUGGGCAAAUGUUAAGGAAGAUAGUAUUAAAAGCUGGAUUUGGACAAAGAAAUAUCUAGUCUUAAGGGAAAAGGUUCUUUAUAUUUUGAAGAAUGAGAGUUCGACAAGUCCAGGUUUAUCUAUUCCUUUGCGUGAAAUUACGAAUGUGAGCCGUAUUGAAUUGAAAGAUUAUUGUUUCGAAAUUGUUAGGGAUCCGGGGAUUGGCAUGUGUAUACGUAAUGGAUCUGGAACGAAAAAGAGCUAUUUUAUUAGUCUUAAGAGUGAUAAUGAUCUUUAUUCGUGGAUGGAUGAGAUUUACUCUAGGUGUCCAUUGAUGAUGGUUUCGAAUCCGACGAAUUUUACGCAUAAAGUUCAUGUUGGAUUUGAUCCAAAAAGUGGGGGAUUUACUGGGCUUCCAGAAGAAUGGACAAGGCUUUUAACUGCUAGUGCUAUUACUAAGGAAGAUUAUGCGAAAAAUCCUGAAGCAGUGAUUGAAGUACUUCAAUUUUAUAGUGAUACCCAGUUACGAGAAAAAGAUGAGUUUGGAGAGCCGAGUAUGUUGGGUCCAGAUCCUUGUGAUGUUGAAAAUUUGGAUGUAAAGUCUUUUGAACAAAACAAAAUGACUUUGGAGAAGUAUCAUGCGAAUAAUGGUUUUAUCUAUCAAUAUCCCGUAUCAUCUGCUUCUAAAAGCAUUGUUCCUCUUCGAGAACGGCUUAAGAAGAUGGAUAUUAAAGGUUCGGAAAAAAUGGUACCUUACCGUGUGCCUCCAGUAUUACCUCAGAAUUUGCCUACUAGAUUAAACAUUGAUUUGGGAUCGUCUUCUCAUGAAAAUGAUUCAUUACUUUCUUCUGGUUCUUUAAAUGUUGAGAAGGGAUUUGGAGUUACGGUGAAAAAACGUCAAAAUGCACUACCCGACACGUUGAAACAUAAGCAAUCGCAAAAUAAUUUAGCAUUUAUUUCUCAGGCACCAACUCAGCCAUUACCAAAAAUUCCUGUAUCAUCGAAGAAUAUUCCAGACAUAUCAACUGCAUUUUCUGAGACAUCUGUAAAACAUCCCUGUCUGAAUAAGAAGUUACCAUCAUCACUUUCAAAUCUGCGAACAGCGAAACAAGAUCUGCCUUCUGAAGACAAGAAAGUUAACGAUUUAACAGAAAACCAGGUGAUGGAAAGGCUUAGAAAUGUAGUAUCUACUGAUGACCCUAAUAUAUUAUAUACUAAGAUCAAAAAAGUGGGGCAAGGGGCAAGUGGUUCUGUUUAUGUUGCGAAAGUAAAUUUAGAUAUAAAAUCAGGUAAUUGUGAAUUAAAAACAGGUUUAAAGGUAGCUAUAAAGCAGAUGGAUAUUGCACAUCAACCAAGGAGAGAAUUGAUUGUUAAUGAAAUUCUUGUGAUGAAAGAAAGUCAUCAUCCAAACAUUGUUAAUUUUUUAGAUGCAUAUUUAGCUAAAAAUUCUGAAUUAUGGGUUAUUAUGGAAUAUAUGGAAGGUGGUGCUUUGACGGAUAUAAUUGAUAAUAAUACGUUGACAGAAGAUCAAAUUGCUGCUAUAUCUUUAGAGACAUGUAAAGGGCUCCAACAUCUUCAUCAGCAGAAAAUAAUUCAUAGGGAUAUUAAAAGCGAUAAUGUUCUUUUAGAUUUUCAUGGUCGCGUAAAAAUUACUGAUUUCGGGUUUUGUGCAAAAUUGACAGAGCAAAAGAAUAAGAGGGCAACAAUGGUAGGAACUCCAUAUUGGAUGGCUCCAGAAGUUGUUAAACAAAAAGAAUAUGGUCCUAAAGUCGAUAUAUGGAGUUUGGGAAUUAUGGCUAUAGAAAUGAUAGAAACUGAACCUCCUUAUUUAAAUGAGGAGCCUUUAAAAGCCUUAUACCUUAUUGCUACUAAUGGCACGCCAACAUUAAAGAAGCCGGAUAAGUUGAGCAAAGAACUUAAAAGUUUUCUGGCUGUUUGCUUGUGCGUAGAUGUUAAAAGCAGAGCUACUGCUGAGGAACUUUUAGAGCAUGAAUUUUUAAAGAAAUCAUGUAGUCUUUCUAAUUUGUCAUCUCUUUUGGCAUUUAAGUCUGGAAAAUAAUUUAUUAUAUACUUUUUAUGAAUAUUAAUUCUAAUUUUGCUAUAUUCAGAAAUAACUUGUCUUUUUGUAGGAUAAAUAUUACAAAUAUUUCUAUAUUUUAGGAAUAAGGAAAUCAUAAAGAUUGGAUUAUCUUAAAGGUAACGAAAUGCUCUUUUCU